AUGUUUGUAUACUGGUGUUACCCCGGCAGUGAAUCGUGGAGCUGGCAGCAUGUCGGCUACAUCAGCCGCAUCUUGGUUGCCAUCCCGGCAGCAUCGCAAACCUCUACGGUCUUGCACGCCAAGCGAGUGCAAGAUGCAAACAACUUUGUCAACGAACUUUACAAGGGAGUGGACCCUUCCAAGAACCGACUGGCAGACAAUCUGCACAGCAUUGGGCGGAGAGUUCUCGGAAAAGUGCUGCAUUUGCAGCAGCAUCUCCCAGCCAAGAUCCAAGUUAUCCAGAAGGAGGCCUGCCAAGUGCGAGAUGUGCUUGGGAUGCGAGUUGUUGACUACCUUGGCAACUCAGCACUCUCUGAGGAGGCCAUAGCCUUUGUCCAAGGCUCCUUGACAGAGAUUUUGGAGCAGCUUUUCAAAAGAGGUAGCCUUGUAAAGUUGCUCAAGGAGGUGCAGGAGUGCCAAAAAGAUUUUGCUGGACACCAGGGUGGCUAUGAGCAGAGCAUUGGCCAAAAGGAAUUGGAGUGGCGAAAGCGCCACUCUAUGUUAAGGACCUUUGACCGGCUCUACACAGUCGUGGGAUGGAUUGAUCGCUCGUGGGUCUCUCCAGAUGUCAGCUUUGGCAUUGGCGCCGUCCUUACAUUCCUUGGGGGCCGGCACGCUUUCGCCCCUGCAGUUCGCAGUUGGGCAUAUGUUGGAGCAGCGGCAUGCUCUAUGAUUCCAGCGAUCAAGUGGUGGUUCUUCGAUGGCCGCACGGACUUUGGCUGCCUGGAGGAUGAGACCGAGCAGACAUUGGAGAACAUCAGAGACAUCAAAAGAAUGGGCUACGACAUACACCGCUACUACCUUGAACUGGCCGAGGACACUAAGCGAAUCAUGUCGCAUGCUACCAAAUUCCAGCAAUUGUGCCAGCAGCUUCCCUUCCUGCAGGGCCGCGCUGUGGAUGUGGACAGCUGGGAUGCAAACAAGCUCAGUGCUGCGCUACAUGACUGGAACCUCGACGGCUGCGCGGUCACAUUCUUGGACAACAGCAUCUCAGGCCACGCCUUUCUUCACGUGCUGAGAGAGCAGGACUUUCGAGACAUGGGCAUCACAUGUGAGUUGACAUUGCGAAGGCUCAACGACAUGCAGGCUCGCAGGCAGGAAGACAAGCAAGAGAUCCUCCGCUGUGCUACCAUUGGCCCUGAAUUGAGGAAGGCCUUCGAGGAAGUCAUCGAUGGCACCAAUGACCUCAAGGAGAAGUACAAGUACAAGUGA